GCUCGGCUCGGCUCGCCUCGCGGCGGGCGCCCUCGUCGCCAGCGGCGCACCAUGGACGGGCUGCCCGGGAGGGCGCUGGGGGCCGCCUGCCUUCUGCUGCUGGCGGCCGGCUGGCUGGGGCCCGAGGCCGGGGGCUCGCCCACGCCCCCGCCUUCGCCCGCCGCGCCGCCGCCCGCGCCGCCCGGGGCCCCCGGCGGCCCGCAGGACACCUGCACGUCGUGCGGCGGCUUCCGGCGGCCCGAGGAGCUGGGCCGAGUGGACGGCGACUUCCUGGAGGCGGUGAAGCGGCACAUCCUGAGCCGCCUGCAGAUGCGGGGCCGGCCCAACAUCACGCACGCCGUGCCCAAGGCCGCCAUGGUCACGGCCCUGCGCAAGCUGCACGCGGGCAAGGUGCGCGAGGACGGCCGCGUGGAGAUCCCGCACCUCGACGGCCACGCCAGCCCGGGAGCCGACGGCCAGGAGCGCGUCUCCGAGAUCAUCAGCUUCGCGGAGACAGAUGGCCUCGCCUCCUCCCGGGUCCGCCUGUACUUCUUCAUCUCCAACGAAGGCAACCAGAACCUGUUUGUGGUACAGGCCAGCCUGUGGCUUUACCUGAAACUGCUGCCCUACGUCCUGGAGAAGGGCAGUCGGCGGAAGGUGCGGGUCAAGGUGUACUUCCAGGAGCAGGGCCACGGAGACCGGUGGAAUGUGGUGGAGAAGAGGGUGGACCUCAAGCGCAGCGGCUGGCACACCUUCCCGCUCACGGAGGCCAUCCAGGCCUUGUUUGAGCGGGGCGAGCGGCGACUCAACCUGGACGUGCAGUGCGAUGGCUGCCAGGAGCUGGCCGUGGUGCCUGUGUUUGUGGACCCUGGUGAGGAGUCGCACCGGCCCUUUGUGGUCGUGCAGGCACGGCUGGGUGACAGCAGGCACCGCAUUCGAAAGCGGGGCCUGGAGUGUGAUGGCCGGACCAACCUCUGUUGCAGGCAACAGUUCUUCAUCGACUUCCGCCUCAUCGGUUGGAAUGAUUGGAUCAUCGCGCCCACUGGCUACUAUGGGAACUACUGUGAAGGCAGCUGCCCGGCCUACCUGGCGGGAGUCCCUGGCUCUGCCUCCUCCUUCCACACAGCCGUGGUGAAUCAGUACCGCAUGCGGGGCCUGAACCCCGGCACGGUGAACUCCUGCUGCAUCCCCACCAAGCUGAGCACCAUGUCCAUGCUCUACUUUGACGACGAGUACAACAUUGUCAAGCGGGACGUGCCCAACAUGAUCGUGGAGGAGUGCGGCUGCGCCUGACGGUGGCGUUGGCGGGGCUGCAGCGGCCAGGCUGCCGCAGCCGGGUGCAAAGACAAUCCCGGAUGGGCUCCUUUCAGCCCCGACGGGAGCAGGGUGCAUCGUGGGUUGAGCGCGGUGGUUCCAUUGGGGUGCCUGGAAGGUGCCAGGGUAAGGACUGAACCAUUUUCCUACUACUUCAUCGAGCAGUCAGUCAAAACCAGAGUGGGAACCCUCAAAUGACAUGAAAUACUUUAAAAUGCACACGUAGACACGCACAGCCAGACGCAUCCUGCCACCCACACAGCAGCCUCCAGGAUACCAGCAAAUGGAUGCGGUGACAAAUGGCAGCUUAGCUACCAAUGCCUGUCAGUGGGAGAGAAUGGGGUGAGCAGCCACCAUUCCCACCAGCUGGCCCGGCCACUCUGAAUCGCGCCUUCCGAGCACACAUAAAAGCACAAAGACAGAGACACAGAGAGAGAGCGAGCAUGAGAGCCACUGGGAGGAAAAGCAGAUGCGGGGGUGGGGAGGCUGCAGGCAGGUGGGAGGGCUGCGUGUCCCCUUUUGCUUGUGCAAGGGCAGCCUUGCCUCAACAUCUUCUGUUCCAACGCGCGCCAGGAUACCUGCCCGGGAUUCUUCAUGCCACAGGACCAGGGGUGCCAGUCCUCUCCUGCUCCUGUACAGGGAAAGAGAUCCGGAAUGGACACAACCUGCUAGAGACUGUGGAGCAGUGGCGAUGACCUGAUGACCUUUUGACUAUGGCUUGGGUCCCCCGGUGACUUAGAUGUGUGUGUGUGUGUUUUGGGGCUGGGGAGGGGGAGGGAGUAAAAAUGGUCGGUUUUAAUUUGAUGCUUUAACUGAUCAGUAGCAGUUGACAGGUCAUUCAUUCCAACUGUAUAAUUGAUAAGGGACUUUACUAGUAUGACCUUUUAAAUUAAAAUUUGAAUUGAUAUGAAUGGGAAGGAAAAAAAAAGUUGCAUUCUGCAUCCUCCAACCAGGGCUUUUCCUCCAGGAUCCGAUGGGGAGGGGUGGAAAUGACCCCAGGCAAGAGGAGGCGCCCAGAGGAGGAAAUGGUGGUUUGGGGGUAUUCUGGAAAUGCUGGGGGGGAUGGGCAGGUGCCCUCUCAGCAAGGGGUGAGGGAGGGGAGCAGUUUAACUGGUCUUUGGAGAGAUGGGGAAGGUUUUCAACUGCUUUGCAGAAGUUGCCCACGUGGACUCCACCAGGGCCGGCCACGGAUGUGGGCCCACCCGCCUGCCCGCCUGCCCGCCCCUCCUAGCACUUGCAGACCUGCCUGAACGCACAUGAUAUAGCACUUGCCCAUCUGCGUGUGUCCAGAAGUGGCCCUUGGCAGAGCACUGAACUCGCUCGCCCCUAGAUGACCAAGUGCACGUGAACUAUGCAAUUUAAAGGGUUGACCCACACUAGAUGAAACUGGACUCGUACGACUCUUUUUAUAUUUUUUAUACUUGAAAUGAAAUCCUUUGCUUCUUUUUUAAGCGAAUGAUUGCUUUUAAUGUUUGCACUGAUUUAGUUGCAUGAUUAGUCAGAAACUGCCAUUUGAAAAAAGAAGUUAUUUUUAUAGCAGCAAAAAAAAAAAAUACAGUUUAAUGUAUUAUACAUAAUUUUGGAACCAAAGAGGCCAACAGAUCAGUUUUAAUUUUUAUUAGAUGGUGAGGCCAUCUUAUAUGAGAUAACGUUCUGAACAAUCCCUUGAGUGGCCUGCCAAUGUUUCAGGGUAUAAAUGGAUUUUGUUUAUUCAGUUUGAUGUGUCUUUUUCUAUCCUUACACACCCAGAAGGUAGAGUAAGAAUGACGAUGGUAGAAUGCAGGUGUGUAUCCUUAAAUCCCCAUCUUUAUGUUUAUUUAAUAAAGCUCCCCUUAGGUUCUGUUUCAUAAUAAUUUAAAACCAAACAAUUUUCCCAUAGACUUGCUGUUAAAGUAUUUUACAUUUGUGUACAGUUUAAGAAAAAUAAAAGAUUGAGUGCCA